GUGCGUUUUGCAUGUGGUCGUUGAACUUUGAUUCGGUGACUCACGCUGAGGCAUUGGCUUCGGCUCCCUCCCUCAUCUGGCUGCUUUCUUCCUUUCCUUUUUUUUUCUUCUUCUAAGUGCAAAGCAAAACUACCUUUGCAGCUGAACGUGACCGGUGAAAGGAAGUGGAAGCUUUGGCCCAACGUGGCUCCUCGGGGACACCUGGCAGGCUGGGAGGACAGUGGGUGAUAGCUGCUGAGGGGAGCCCAGCGUCCACUCCGAGGGCCCCGAGUGAGACACGCCCUGCUGCUCAUGCCGCGGGGCUCUGCCAGGAGGAAGCCGGCGUCAGGACCCUCGCCGGAGGCCCAGCUGGUACAGCAUGGAGCGCUCAAGGAAGAUGGAGUUCUUCCAGAAGCUGGGCUACGGCCGGGAGGAUGUGGUCAGGGUGCUGGACAAGCUGGGCGAGGAUGCUCUGGUGAAUGACGUGCUGCAGGAGCUGAUCCAGACUGGCAGCCGCCCCAGCGCCCACCAGGGCAGUGCUGCACCUGCGCCCCUGCUCGUCCCCAGGGGCUGCUGCGGGACCCCGGACUCCACCCAGCGCGGGCUGGGGGUGGACCUGGAGCGGGAGAGCGAUUGCCCAGCCAGUUCCUUGCGACCCAUAGUGAUCGACGGCAGCAACGUGGCAAUGAGCCACGGAAAUAAAGAAGCCUUCUCUUGCCGGGGAAUCCAGCUGGCUGUAGACUGGUUCAGGGACAGAGGACACACCUACAUCAAAGUUUUUGUGCCUUCCUGGAGGAAAGACCCACCGAGAUCUGAUACCCCGAUCAGAGAGCAGCACGUGCUGGAGGAGCUGGAGAGGCAGGCGGUGCUGGUGUACACGCCGUCCCGCAAGGUGAGCGGCAAGCGGGUGGUCUGCUACGAUGACCGCUACAUCGUGAAGGUGGCCUACGACCAGGACGGGGUCAUCGUCUCCAAUGACAACUACCGCGACCUGCAGAGCGAGAACCCAGAGUGGAAGUGGUUCAUCGAGCAGAGGCUGCUCAUGUUCUCCUUCGUCAACGACCGGUUCAUGCCUCCUGAUGACCCUCUGGGCCGUCGGGGCCCCACCCUGAACAACUUCCUGAGCAGGAAGCCAAAGCCCCCAGAGCCGUCCUGGCAGCACUGCCCCUACGGCAAGAAAUGCACCUAUGGCAUCAAGUGCAAGUUCUACCACCCAGAGAGGCCGCACCAUGCGCAGCUGGCGGUGGCCGACGAGCUCCGCGCGCAAACGCUGGUCUGGCGGAGCGCGGGCGGCGAGCAGGGCGUCUCCUGGGGCGGCCCCAUCGCCCGAUCGGGCCCCCGGGAGCCAGGAGCGCGCAGCCUGCCCCCCGCGCGGCCGCUGCCGGACGUGUCGACUCUCGAAGGCAGCUUCUCGCGGCUCGCCCUCAGCGACGACUCGGGGCUCCUCCGGGCGCCCCCUCCUCCCCGGCCGCGCUGUCCCGACUGGAGGGUACCUGGGCUCCCGUCGUCCCAGCCAGCCCCUCCCGGCCCGCGGGGUGGAUCGCGCCAAGGCGCCUCGAAGAGCGACCGGUGUCCUCCGCGGCCCGCCGACCCAUGGGCCCUCCCUCCUGGGGCCGGCCGGCUCCUGGACCGCUCGUCCUGGGCAGAGUCGGGCUGGGACGAUGCAGCCUUCAGAGGACAUUUGGGGUCCGCGGCCCAGGUCCAGGCGGGCGAGGUGGACGCGCGCGCCCAGGCACGCACGGUGCUCUGCAGCAUCUUCCCGUCCCACCAGGUGGACAGCGUCAUGGCCCUCUUCCCCACGCUCUCGGAUGUCACCAGGCUCAUCUUCCUCAUCCAGAGAUUCCAACGGUCGGGUGAGCCCAUGGGCAAACCCUUAGGAGCUAGUCAGGGCCACCGCAUGUGAUGUCCCCGUCUUGCCUUGUAGCCUGACCUGGCUGCCGUCGGUGGUCCACUCACCCUGUGGACCCUUUUCUUUAAAGAUGGCCGGAGAAGCCAGCUUCUUUGUCCUCUGUGGUACCCCUGGUGGCACUUGGUGACCUUCACUGAUGACACAGGGGCUGAUGCUGGAGGUCCAUGUCCUGCAGAAUAAGGUGGGCCACUUUGUGGAGGGAGUGAUUUCUCAGGCUCCAAGACUCUAUAAGGCCCACUAGGACCCCAAAGGUUUGUCUGGACACUCCCCAGCUGUUUUUGUCCAUCUGCAGCUGGGAGCCAUAGGUGGGUCACAAGAUGAAUUAGUGGGUCUUCACACCUGAAAUAGAAUGGAAUUGGAAAUUACAGAGCACACCCCACACAAUCAGGCUAAGUAGGAAGCUUUUCUAGCUACGGGUGUGCCUGUGAAUCACGGGUGGUGUCCCCCAUGAUGCCUCGCAUCUUUUUCAAUCAACUUCUUAGCGUGGAUUCUGCCAGGUCUCUUCCUCACUUUUUUUUUUUUCCUGAAGAGGGCACCCACAAUUGUACCUUAUUAUUUUGGAACCUCAGUCCUGAAGAGGACCUACUCCUUCUAGAUACAUUGAAUUUCCCUCAUGGUGUGUUGUUUUGUUUUGUUUCCUUUUGACAAGACAAGCUUUAUGUUAGAGCUGCUUUUGUCUCUUGGGUCUGUUUACUGACAUGGAAUCCCUGCAUUGCUGAUUUACAGUUAGAGAUGUUUAAACUGCUUCCUUUGAGGACAAGUUUGAGUUUUAGUAAGCUGUAAAGCUAUUUUAUUUGGUUCGCUGUGAUUAAGACACGCACAAAAACAAGUGAAGAAACAGCACAUUUCAAUGUAAUCCCCUUUGGAUUUUUUUCCAAAGUCUUGGUAUGUCUUUGUGACACAAAACGUGAAUGGGAUGGGUGCAAGAACUGCUCCAGGCUGCAUAGCUGUUACUGUGUUCCAAAAAUAAUCACUUUACCCACACAUGGA